AUAAGACGUUAUAGGUUUAAUAUGAGCUCGGAUGCAGCUCUGUUCUUGUGCUAAAAAAGGCCAAAUUCAAAGCCCUUGAUCCACGUUUCAAAGUUUCUUUCAUAACAGUCUACCUGACUGUCACGGGGGAAAGAAAUGGGCAUGGCCACUGCUGCAGCUGCUACAAGCAGCAGCAACGAAGUCAAAGCUCCUCUUAUUCAGAAGACAAAACCCGAAGCCUCCUCGACUUUAGGAACACCAGAGGAAGAUGAUCCGUACGACGGCGAGAAUUCAACGAUUGAGCAAGUUGCUCUCACAGUCCCCACCACAGAUGAUCCUUCCCUCCCGACCUUCACGUUUCGCACGUUGGUUUUAGGAUCUUUAUCAUGCGUCCUCCUCUCGUUUUUAAACCAGUUCUUCUGGUACCGCAGAGAGCCUCUCUCUGUUACUUCGAUUUCGGCCCAGAUCGCAGUGCUGCCUUUGGGUUACUUCAUGGCCAAAACUGUCACCAGAAGAGUCUUCUUCAAGGGACGAAAGUGGGAAUUCACGCUAAAUCCUGGUCCGUUCAAUGUUAAAGAGCAUGUGUUGAUCACCAUCCUUGCUAAUGCUGGAGCUGGCAAUGUUUAUGCGAUUCACAUCGUUAGUGUUGUCAAGGUCUUUUACAAGAAGCAGUUGACUUUCAUUGUAUCGUUGCUCGUCGUUUUAACAACCCAGGUGUUGGGAUUUGGGUGGGCUGGUGUGUUCCGUCGAUACUUGGUGGAGCCUGCAGCCAUGUGGUGGCCUCAGAAUUUAGUACAAGUCUCGCUGUUCAGGGCAUUACAUGAGAAAGAGGAGAGAACUAAGGGCGGACUAACAAGGAACCAAUUUUUCCUUGUCGCCUUUGUUUGCAGCUUUGCUUACUAUGUAUUUCCAGGCUAUCUCUUCCCAAUGUUGACUUCUUUGUCCUGGGUUUGCUGGGUAUUCCCUUCUUCUGUGUUUGCACAACAACUAGGUUCGGGGUUGCAUGGUUUAGGUGUUGGUGCAAUCGGUUUUGAUUGGUCAAGCAUAUCUGCCUACCUUGGGAGCCCACUUGCAAGCCCCUGGUUUGCCACUGCCAAUAUUGCAGCAGGUUUUGCCUUGACCAUGUAUGUCAUUGCUCCCAUUGCCUAUUGGCUUAAUAUCUUUAAGGCCAAGACAUUUCCCAUAUUCUCAGACAACUUAUUCACCUCAACGGGCCAAAGCUAUAACAUUUCAGCUAUUGUAGACCAAAAUUUUCACAUUGACAUAGAAGCUUAUGAUCGUGAGGGUCCUCUCUAUAUAAGCACUUUCUUCGCUAUGUCCUAUGGUGUUGGUUUUGCCUGUCUUACUGCUACCAUUGUUCAUGUUUUCCUGUUUCAUGGGAGAGAUAUUUGGCAAUUAAGUAAGUCUGCCUUUCAAACUAAGACAAUGGAUGUGCACACAAAGCUAAUGAGAAGAUACAAACAAGUACCUGAAUGGUGGUUCAUGUGCAUCCUUUUCAUAAACAUUGCAAUGACUUUGUUUAUAUGCCAAUACUACCAAAAUGAACUCCAAUUGCCGUGGUGGGGCAUCUUCCUAGCCUGCAAUGUUGCCCUAUUUUUCACUCUACCUGUUGGAGUCAUUACUGCUACAACAAAUCAGACACCAGCCUUGAAUGUGAUCACAGAGUAUAUUAUAGGCUAUAUAUACCCAGGAUAUCCUGUUGCCAAUGUAUGCUUCAAAGUAUAUGGACAUAUAAGCAUGAAACAAGGGAUCAUCUUUUUGAAAGAUUUCAAGCUUGGGCAUUACAUGAAGAUUCCUCCCAGGGCUAUGUUCAUGGCACAGGUAAUUGGUACUAUAAUCUCAGCAUUUGUACAUUUAGGGAGUGCAUGGUGGCUCUUGAAUACUAUCCCAGAUAUAUGUGAUAGGGAAUUGCUUCCAGCAGGCAGUCCAUGGACUUGCCCAAGUGACCACGUAUUUUUUGAUGCAUCCAUCAUAUGGGGCCUUAUAGGCCCUCGAAAGAUUUUUGGAGAUCUUGGCCAUUACUCGGCCAUUAACUGGUUUUUCUUAGCUGGGGCAAUAGCUCCCAUCCUAGUCUGGUUUGCUCACAAGGCAUUCCCAGACAAGCCCUGGAUUAGGCUUAUCAAUAUGCCUGUGCUCUUAGGUGCUGUAGUGAACAUGCCACCUGCUACUGCAGUCAACUACACCAGUUGGAUUCUUAUCGGAUUUGUCUCUGGCUUUAUUGCUUACCGGUAUCAUCGCGAUUGGUGGAUUCGACACAAUUAUGUUUUGUCUGCGGCACUUGAUGCUGGAUUAGCAUUUAUGGGGGUGUUGUUGUAUUUGUGCUUGGGAAUGGAGCAUAUUAGUCUUGACUGGUGGAAAAGUCACUCAGAUGGAUGUCCAUUGGCUUCCUGCCCAACUGAACCAGGUGUUGUAGUAAAAGGCUGCCCAUUGUUUUAAAUGUCUAAAAUGCAGAUGAGCUUAAUUGAACUGAUGUUGUAAAUAGAUGUAUGAUUUUCCAUCCACUGUUAUCAAAAUAUUGUUUGUUUUGGACAUAUAUCUUAACAACUUAAAGAGUUUAUAUACUAUAUAACUAGUUUUAUCUUAGCAUCCUUAAACAAAGUAAAAUGUCCAUACA